AUCGGGCUCAGACUGUCUUCGGGUUUACGACCCAGCUCGUUUUUUUUAUUACACGUUUUAUUAUUUAUCCAUCGACCCCCCCCCCCCACAGUGCCGAAUUUGCAGUGGAUUUGGAUCGUCCGAUUCGAAAUUAGAGCUUUUUAAAUAUGGACAGAACGAUGCCGGCCAGGACUACUUCAGAUGCCCACGGGCCCGAACUCAACGGCUUCAGGGAGAUGCAGGAGGUGGCCCUCUGCGGCGUCUCCGGUGCCUUCCCGAGGUCGGACAACAUGGAAGAAUUCAAGAACAAUCUUUUCGAACAUGUCGACAUGGUAGAGACAGACGUCAAAAGGUGGCCAGAUGGUUUAUACGGACUCCCGGUGAGAGUUGGUAGGAUCAACGAUAUAUCAAAAUUUGACAGUAGUUAUUUUGGAGUACACGCAAAACAGGCGGAUGCUAUGGACGCUAUGAUGAAGCUCCUUUUGGAGAAGUCGUACGAAGCGAUUCUCGACGCAGGUAUGAACCCUGAGGAAUUGAGGGGUACCAAAACCGGCGUGUAUAUCGGUGUUUCUACAACCGAGUUUGGCGAUCUUUUAAAUCGUAAUGUUGACAAGAUAAGCGGUUACAACAUGACCGGUGCAACUUUGUCCAUGAUGGCAAAUAGGAUAUCGUUCACUUUCGACUUUAAAGGGCCUAGUUUUAUUGUAGACACCGCUUGCUCUAGUUCUCUCAUCGCGUUUCACCUUGCGACCCAAGCUAUCAAAUCAGGAGAGAUCAACGCCGCUAUUGUAGGCGGUGCGAAUAUUCUUCUCAAGCCGGUCAACUCGGUCCAGUUUCAACGACUUAACAUGCUCAGCGCUGAAGGAAAGUGCAAAGCCUUCGACUCAACAGGGAGUGGAUACGUGCGUAGUGAAGCAGUCGCUUGUGUAUUCCUGCAAAGAGCCCAGGACUCCAGAAGAGUAUAUGCGUACGUUCUUAACACCGGGACUAAUAUAGACGGAAACAAGCAGGAAGGCAUUACAUUCCCAAGUGGAAAAAUGCAGAAAACACUUGUUGAAAAAGUAUUCAAAGAAGGAGGACUUGAUCCUCUGGAUAUCACCUACGUAGAAGCCCAUGGGACUGGAACGAAAGUAGGAGAUCCUCAGGAAAUAAAUUCAAUUGCAGACUUCUUCUGCAAAGGAAGGAAAUCACCUUUACUCAUAGGAUCGGUUAAAUCCAAUAUGGGACACUCUGAACCAGCCUCUGGAGUCUGUUCAUUAGCCAAAAUAGUUAUUGCAAUGGAAAGUGGAAAAAUACCUGCAAAUUUGCAUUUUAAAGAUCCAAACCCAGAUAUUCCUGGUUUACUCGAUGGAAGAUUGAAGGUAGUCAAUGAGAAUCUCGAUUGGAACCCAGGUCUGGUUGCCGUUAAUUCAUUCGGUUUCGGUGGAGCAAACGCACACGCUGUUCUUAAGCCUAAUACAAAGCCAAAAACUCCUCCUGCGAAGGAUAACGUCCCAAGGCUCGUAUGCCUUUCAGGGAGGACAGAAGAGGCUGUCGAUUCUUUCUUGGAAUAUAUGGAAACGACACCACGAGAUGAUGAUUUGAUUACUCUUUUACAUACUACUUAUAAGAAACACAUCCCUGGCCAUCCGUUCAGAGGCUACACUGUUCUAGGCACUAAAGAUGGAAAAAAUAUGCGUGAAGUAUUUGAAGAGCCAGGCAGGAGAGAGAUAUGGUUUGUGUUUUCUGGUAUGGGAGCUCAAUGGCCUGGAAUGGGACUAGCGUUCAUGUGCUUUGAGCCAUUUGCUGUUGCAAUUCACCGAUGUGCAUCGAUACUGAAGCAGCAAGGAUUCGAUCUGCUAGACCUGUUGACCAACUCUACUGAAGAGACUUUUAGUAACGUAGUCAACUCGUUUGUUGGCAUCGCCGCAGUGCAGAUUGCUCUGGUCGAUCUUCUGACCGCCCUUGGUAUUAAACCCGAUAAAAUAAUUGGCCAUUCAGCCGGAGAGGUCGCAUGUGGAUACGCAGAUGGAUGCACGACGCUCGAAGAGACAAUACUCUCCGCCUACUGGAGAGGGAAGAGUGUCUUGGACGCUGGUCUGAUCGAAGGGGGCAUGGCCGCUGUAGGCCUCACAUGGGAAGAGACUAAAAAACGAUGCCCUCCUAGGGUUAAUGCUGUCUGUCAUAACAGUGAAACCAGUGUCACCAUUUCUGGACCGAAUGAUGACGUAGAACAAUUUGUAAAAGUUCUUAAAGCUGACAAUAUUUUUGCUAAGAAAGUUGCAAGCUCAAAAAUAGCUUUCCAUUCCCCUUACAUCAAAGAUGCUGCACCAAUCCUUAGAAAAAACCUUGAAAGUACUAUUACAUCGCCGAAAAAAAGAAGUGACAAAUGGCUCAGUUCAUCCAUCCCUCAAGCUGGCUGGGGCUCUCAGAUCGCACAACACGCUUCUCCAGCGUACUUUGUCAAUAAUCUAUUAUCACCCGUACUCUUCCACGAAGUGGCUACGAUGAUUCCAGAAAAUGCGACUGUCAUUGAAAUUGCACCUCACUGCCUUCUCAACUCAGUUCUUAAAAAGACAAUUCCCAAAAGUUGUAUCAACAUAGGUCUUGUCAAAAGAGGUGUGGAAGAUGACCUUGCCUGGUUCAUGUCUAACGUUGGAAAGAUGUUUGUCUCAGGCUUGAACCCAGAUUUGAGCCUUUUCCACAAGCCGUCAAGCUUCCCUGUAGCCAGGUCGACUCCGAUGAUUUCCCCUCGUAUCAAAUGGGACCACUCUCAAACAUGGCUCGUUCCAGAUUACAAAGCGGGUGACUCCAAAGGCGGCAUGGAAGUCGUAGUGAGUUUAGAAGAUGAAAAAGAUGCCUACAUCUCUGGUCACAAUAUAGAUGGAAGAGUUUUAUUCCCUGCGACUGGAUAUCUUACACUUGUAUGGAGAGCCUUCGCUAAACUAAAAAAUAAAGAUGUUGAAAGUACCCCUGUUAGGUUUGAAAAUGUUAACAUCUUGAGAGCGACAAUCAUGCCUAAAGAUGCUUCUGUCAAGUUUUUUAUAAACAUAAACGACGUUAGUGGAAGCUUUGAACUGACAGAGGGUGACGCCUUGGUCGUUAACGGUAAAAUUGUGGAAUCUUCCGGUCUGGAAGUGGAUGGUCUGAAGCUGAGUGCUCCCGUUGUCAAGUGCGAUAAAAAACAACUGGAGAAAGGAGAGGUUUACAGAGACCUACGUCUCAGAGGAUAUGGCUACCAGGGACUUUUCCAGGGUAUCAAGCAUUGCGACAAUGUCGGUGCUAAUGGCGUUCUUGAAUGGAAAGACAACUGGAUUAGUUUCAUGGACACAAUGCUUCAGUUUUCUCUCGUCGGCAUGAACACCAGAGAGCUUUACGUUCCUACAAGGAUUCUCAGGGUUACCAUCGAUCCAGCGUUACAUCUUAACCUCGUAAAAGACACCAAUGAAGUUCCGGUUGAAAUGCACAAACAUAGUAAAGUUGUACGAUCUGGAGGAGUUGAGAUUAGAGGCAUGAUGGCAAGUCAGGCUCCAAGAAGGAUUGGCGUACAAGCGCCACCGAAAACCGAACAGUACAGUUUUGUACCGUUCAAUCAAUUGAAGGAAGUCGAACUCGAAGAUGCAGUGACUUCAGCUUUGCAGUUAGUUUUGGAAAAUUCUGGAGGUGCGAGGAAACUGAACGUAGUAGAGGUUUACCAGGAAACUGUACAAGCAGACAGCCUACUUGCGCCGAUGGUUGUUAGCGUUCUUGAAUCGGAACCACAGUGCAGUGUCGAUUUGGGCUUUUCAUGUCCAAAUUCUGACACUUUCAAAGAUUUAUUGAACAACUUAAACGGAAAAGUUUUGAAAAAAGAACUAGGAAAGGAAGCUGUCGGAAACAACUUGCACCUUGUGGUAACUUCCAAUGUUCUUAAGGACGGACAGCUUCUUAAAAAUGCACUCGCUUCUCUUAACAAUGGUGGUUUCAUUUUGACUUUUGAACAUCCGAAAGUAGAUCUUAUUUCAAAUGGAAACUCUGUUGAAGUCGUAUCAAAAACAUUAACGCCCAGAGGUUCAUUUGUGCUUGUUCGAAAGGUAGAGGGCUGGAAAUAUCCUAAAGUAAUUGAAAUUGAUUCAAAUUUUAACUGGGUCGAAACAGUUAAAACGGCGAUGAAAGAUAGUGAAAAAACAGGCGAGAAAUACCUUGUGGCUUCACUCAAAGAGCCAGAAUCUGGUAUUCUUGGGUUUUUCAACUGUCUUAAACAGGAACCCGGUGGUGAGAACUUCAGAUGUGUGUUUGUUGCGGAUAGUUCUAAGUUGGACCUUUCGUCUCAACGAGAACAGUUGAAGAAGGACUUGCUAGUCAACGUCUACAAAGGUGGUGAAUGGGGAAGCAUGAGACAUCUGUUGGUUGAUGUGAAAGAUAUCACAUUGGACGUCAAACACGCUUACAUCAACACGAUCACAAAGGGUGAUCUCGCUAGUUUACGAUGGAUCGAAAGUCCAUUAGGUUUCAACAGGCCAGAACAUAACAAGGAUCUUGAACUAUGCACUGUAUACUAUUCUACGUUAAACUUUAAAGAUGUCAUGCUUGCAUCUGGAAAACUGCCGAUGGAUGCCCUUCCAGGACGUCAAGCCGAAGAGGAAUGUAUCCUUGGUUUUGAAUACUCUGGGAGGGAUUCUAAAGGAAACAGAAUCAUGGGACUGGUGCGGUCUAAGGCUAUGGCAACGUCGGUUCUUGCUGAUGUCAACAUGAAAUGGCCUAUUCCGGCCAGAUGGACAAUGGAGGAUGCUGCUACAGUACCUGCUGUUUACGCUACGAGUUACUACUCUCUCAUUGUCAGAGGGAAAUUGAAAAGAGGUGAGAAGGUUUUGGUGCACGCGGGCACAGGUGGUGUGGGACAAGCUGCGAUAAGAAUAGCCCUCAGCUUGGGCUGUGAAGUUUUUACGACAGUGAGCACGAAGGAGAAGAAGGAAUUUCUGCUGAAGGUGUUCCCCAAUCUGAAAGAAGAGAACAUUGGGAACUCUAGGGAUACAACAUUUGAGCAGCUUGUAUUAGAAAGGACGGGAGGUGAAGGAGUCGACGUCGCUCUCAAUUCUCUCGCCGGCGAUUUGCUCCAAGCCACGAUCAGGUGUCUCGGUGAAAAUGGUAGAUUUUUGGAAAUAGGCAAGGCCGAUAUGUUCAGCAAUACUCCCAUCGGAAUGUCAGUACUUAAAAAGGGAAUUGAAGUGCACGGUAUUCUUCUGGAUGCAGUUUUUGAAAUUGAAGGCUCUACAGAUGAGAAGAAACAAAUUGUUGAACUAUUGUCGAAUGGAAUUGAAACUGGUGUAGUUCAACCUCUUGUGAAAACUACUUUCCACCACACGCAAGUCGAACAAGCUUUUAGAUAUAUGGCCAGUGGAAAGCAUAUUGGAAAAGUUCUUUUGGAAAUCAAGAAAGAAGAGUGCGAAAAAGUUGUCAAGAAUGUCAAACCGCAGGUCGUAACGGCCUUACCAAAGACUUAUAUGAAUCCAGAUAAGUCGUACGUCAUUCUUGGAGGUCUAGGAGGUUUUGGACUCGAACUGGCCAACUGGCUUUUAGUAAGAGGAGCCAAGCAUGUGAUACUUGUAUCCAGGCGUGGCGUUACAACCGGUUAUCAGGCCAUGUGUCUUCGUAGAUGGGAAGAACGUGGCUACAAUGUCACAAUCUCAACUGAAGAUGCUACUACAUUGAAAGGGGCAAAGAAACUUUUGCAAGAUGCAAACAAAUUAGCACCAGUCGGUGGAAUCUUUAACCUUGCUGCUGUAUUAAGGGAUUCUUUUAUGGAGAAACUGACCAAAGAUGAUUUCGUAGCAGUCUGUAAAGUCAAAGUAGAUACUACUAAAUAUCUCGAUUUGGCUUCAAGGGAGUUGUGCCCAGAAUUGGAUUAUUUUGUCGUUUACUCUUCAGUAUCUUGCGGUAGAGGAAAUGCCGGCCAGACAAACUACGGUUAUGCAAAUUCUGCCAUGGAGAGGAUCUGUGAGGCUAGACAGGCUUUAAGCCUCCCUGGGACUGCCGUUCAAUGGGGAGCUGUAGGAGAUGUAGGUUUAGUUAUAGACGGGCUGAAAGGAGACAAUGAGACUGUCGUGGGAGGCACACUUCCACAGAGGAUCACAUCUUGUCUUGCCACUUUGGAUUCGUUACUGCAAACUGCCCAUCCUGUUGUCGCUUCGAUGGUGGUCGCAGAAAGGAGACGUAAAGGAAAAGAAGCCAGCACUGCUAAUGUACUCGACAUGAUCUCCAAUAUUCUCGGUAUCAAGAACGUACAGAAAAUUGCGGAUGCCACUACCUUAUCAGAUAUCGGCAUGGAUUCGCUUAUGGGAGCUGAGAUAAAGCAGGUGCUCGAAAGGGGUUUCGAUAUCAUACUCAGCCCUGUUGAGAUCAGAAAUCUCACAUUCGGCAAACUGAGAGAAAUCGCUGAAGGUAGAGAAAGCUCUUCGGCACCUGCUGUGAACAGCUCCGACGAAAAACUCAUUUCUUUCGAAUCGGAACAACUCCUCCCGGAAGAAGUCAUGGUCAAACUGAAAUCCGGAGACAAUUCGAAAAACGGGCCUUGGUUCUUUGUCCACCCGAUUGAAGGGACUUCUGAUAUUUUCAAAACAGUGGCGCAAGCUAUGUCAGUCCCUGAAGAAAUUUGGGGGCUCCAGUGUACUGCCGACGUACCCAUGGAUACAACUCAACAAAUGGCAGAAUACUACACUAAAGAAAUCAAAAAAGUACAACCGAAUGGUCCUUACAGGCUGGUCGGUUAUUCUUUCGGAGCUAUGGUAGCUUUUGAAAUGGCUCUUCUCCUCGAGACUUACAAAGAAAAAGUCACUCUUGUUUUCCUGGACGGUUCGCCAACAUUUGUCACCGCGUACACAGGGCGGUACAAGGAAAAUCGCAACAAAGAUGCAAAUGAUGCAGACGCUUUGGCUUACUUUGUCGCAUUGUUCAACCCCGCCACCGAUAUAGAACAGACUCAGAACGACUUAAGGAAACUUCCGAAUAUAGAAGCCAGGCUUAAAAUGGUCACAACACGGCUACAAGGACACACUAAAUUCAGCGAUGAGCAGAUAUCUCAGGCUGCGUUUGUCUUCUUCAAAAAACUCCUUAUCGCCUCUAUGUACAAACCCAACAACGUCUUUAAGGGCAAAGCCACCCUCAUCAAAGCCAAUGAAGGUUUCGUCGGAAAUGACAUAGUUACCAGUGUCACAAAUGUGUGCAAAGAAAAGCCUGAUGUUCACACAAUGGAAGGUGACCACAAGACGAUACUGCAAGGCGAGUCUGGAAAUAAAAUAGCAACAAUCCUUUCAAACUUAAAUUAAAAAAGAUCUCUUUCUAACUGUACAUAUGGUUCUAAAUUAUGUAAAUUUUCUUUAUUUUGUAAAUCAUAGGUGGACUUUAUUUUUUAAGUUUUACUGUUUAUUCGUUAAUAGACAUUUUUGUGAUAUAAUGAAAAGAAUGUUUUUGUUUCUAAAACUA